ACCGGCAGUAGACAAGCAGAGCAUUUUGAAGCAAAUUAAAAUCGUGCACGUUUUUACUAUUUAUCAGUUGAUGUGGUGAUAUAAGAAGGAUUUUACUGUUUCUUAAUACUAUUGGUAAAAAUGGAGCUUAUACAAGUUCUCGAAAAGACUGUAUCCUCAGAUAAAAAUGAGUUGGAAGCAGCACAAACUUUUCUGGAGCAAGCUGCUGCCAGCAACUUGUCAGAAUUUCUCAAAAUGCUCUCUGAUAUCUUGGUACACGGUGGUAAUAGUCCUGUUACUCGAAUGGCAGCUGGUUUGCAAUUAAAAAAUCAGCUAACUAGUAAAGAUGAAACCAUCAAACAACAAUUUCAACAACGCUGGUUAAGUUUUCCUGAAGAUGUUCGGAAUUACAUAAAGAAAAAUAUCCUUCAAGCUCUGGGUACAGAAAAUUCUAGACCUAGUUCUGCAGCGCAGUGUGUUGCUUAUAUGGCUGUUGCUGAACUACCGGUAGGACAGUGGCCAGAUUUAAUUAAAUGUCUUGUUGAUAGUGUUGUUGUACCCAGUUCUACAGAGAUGCAAAAAGUCGCUUCUUUAGAAGCUAUUGGUUACAUUUGUCAGGAUAUAGAGUCUGAUGUUUUAACUGCUCAAUCUAAUCAAAUUCUCACUGCUAUUAUUCAUGGCAUGCGUUCUGCUGAACCAAGCAAUCAUGUUCGACAUGCUGCUUGCACAGCUUUAUUCAACUCUCUUGAAUUUACAAAGUCUAAUUUUGAGAGAGAAACUGAAAGAAAUUUUAUUAUGGAAGUUGUUUGUCAUGCAACUCAAUCAGAAGAUACAUCGAUCAGCGUUGUUGCUCUACAAUGUUUAGUCAGAAUUUUGUCUUUAUAUUAUCAAUACAUGGAACCUUAUAUGGCUCAGGCUCUUUUCCCUAUAACUUUGGAAGCCAUGAAAUCAGAGAAUGAUGAAGUUGCAUUGCAGGGUAUUGAAUUUUGGUCUAAUGUUAGUGAUGAAGAGGUUGAUUUAUCAAUUGAAGAAUCUGAAGCCAGAGAAGCAGGCCGUCCUCCAACGAGAACAUCUAGACAUUAUGCUCGAGGAGCUUUGAAAUAUCUAGUACCAAUUCUUAUGCAAAAAUUAACAAAACAAGAAGAAAUUGAUGAUGAAGAUGACUGGAAUCCAUCUAAAGCCGCUGGUGUGUGCUUAAUGUUGCUGGCAACAUGCUGUGAAGAUGAAAUAGUUCCACAUGUUCUACCAUUUAUUGAAGAAAAUAUAAAAUCGGAAAAUUGGAGGUACAGAGAUGCUGCUUUGAUGGCCUUUGGUUCAAUUCUUGGUGGAUUAGAGACAAAUACUUUAAAACCAUUAGUAGAACGAGCAAUGCCUACAAUGAUUGAAUUGAUGUAUGAUUCAAGUGUAAUCGUGCGAGAUACUGCUGCCUGGACAUUUGGUAGAAUCUGUGAAAUAAUUCCUGAAGCCGCAAUAAACGAGACUUAUCUAAAGCCUUUGCUGGAGAGUCUUGUAAAUGGUCUGAAAGCAGAACCAAGAGUAGCUGCUAAUGUUUGUUGGGCAUUUACAGGCUUGGCAGAAGCCAGUUAUGAAGCAGUUGAAGGUGCUGAUGAAAACUCUCAGCCUGAGACAUAUUGUUUAUCACAGUACUUUGAAUUCAUUGUACAAAAACUUUUGGAAACAACUGAUCGACCAGAUGGGGCUCAGGCUAAUCUUAGAUCAGCUGCUUAUGAAGCACUGAUGGAAAUGGUGAAAAAUUCACCAAAAGAUUGUUAUGAAACUGUACAAAAAACUACAAUCGUUAUCUUGGAAAGAUUGCAACAAGUCAUGAUGAUGGAAAGCCAUAUUGCAACCCAUAGUGAUAGGUCGCAGUUUAAUGAUCUACAAUCACUAUUAUGUGCAACUUUGCAAUCAGUUUUGAGAAAAGUUAAUCCAGAGGAUGCUCCAAAAAUUUCUGAUGCAAUAAUGAGCGCAUUACUUUCUAUGUUCAGUUCAAAUUCCUGCAAAGCAGGUGGUGUACAAGAGGAUGCUUUGAUGGCCGUUUCAACUUUGGUUGAAGUUUUAGGAGAAGGCUUUUUAAAAUAUAUGGAAGCCUUCAAACCAUAUCUUUGCAUUGGUUUAAAAAAUCACCAAGAAUAUCAAGUUUGUGGGGCUGCAGUGGGUUUAACUGGCGACAUAUGGCGAGCUCUCAAAAUUAAAGUGCUUCCAUAUUGCGACGAAAUUAUGACAUUGUUAUUGGAAAAUCUGGGUGACAGCACCAUACAUCGUUCAGUUAAGCCACAAAUUUUUUCAGUGUUUGGUGAUAUAGCAUUGAGCAUAGGUCCUGAAUUUAAAAAAUAUCUUGAGGUCGUACUGCAAAUGUUAGCUCAAGCAUCACAAGCAGAUGUUGACAGAAGUGAUUUUGAUAUGAUUGAUUACUUAAAUGAAUUACGAGAAGGUGUGCUUGAGGCAUAUACUGGUAUAGUCCAGGGUUUGAAAGGCGAUGGACCUACUCCAAAUCCUGAUGUUAUGUUGAUGCAGUCGCAUGUUCAAUUUAUUGUCCAAUUUAUAACUGUAGUUUCCCAGGAUCAAGACGUUUCUGACACUAACAUUGCAUUGGCUUCUGGUCUUGUAGGUGAUUUAUGUACUUCAUUUGGUGCUGCAAUGUUACCUUUACUUGAUAUGGAACCUAUUACUGAGUUACUCACAGCUGGUAGAAGAUCUCGUGUUAGCCGAACGAAAACUUUGGCGACAUGGGCCACAAAAGAAAUUCGGAAACUUAAGUCUACUGCUGCUGCCGCCAGUUGAUUUACUUCCAAUCAAAAUAAAUUCUAUGAAAUUGUGGUCGCACUUCACUAAAAGAUCAAGUCUAACAGUCAUAAGGAUUAGGAUUUAGAUAAAAUAUUGGCCUAUGUUAAUUUUAUUUUUAACUAUUUGUAAUUUGAACGUAACAUUCAGAUUUAAAUUCAAGCGACAGUGGUUUGAUAUUUCAACAAUUUGAAUUGGUUAUUAUGAAAUGAAGC